AUGGCAUCUUCGACCAACAACAAAACGAGUACCAGUCCAGGAAGCACCACAGUGACGACACCGAGCAGUAAGAAGCCAUGUUACGUCCGUGACUACAUAGCCCAGUUGGACCGGGAUUUCCUGCUGGUGCUGGUGCUGGAGUACUUCGACGAGUCGCUAGUCCUGCUGAAGCGCUACAUGUGCUGGCAGCUGACAGACAUUUUCUACAAAAUACAGAACAGUCGAGAAUACGGUUUCAAGGAGGAAGACCUGUCCCCUAAAAUGAAGAAGAUCCACAGGAACUGGAGCAGGGCUGACUACCUGAUCUAUGAACACUUCAACAGGACAUUGUGGGACAAAAUCGCACGUGAGGGGGAGGACUUCUUUAACGAGCUUGCGCGGUUCAAGGAGAUCAACCAAAUGACGAGUCGAUUCUGUGACGUAACGGUCGUCAAGAACAGCACCGCAGACAAACGCUUCGGCGCUUCCCGGUGGAACGACGAGUUCGUCAUUGAUGGCAAGUUCUGCGGAGUGCUGAACACCAGGCAUCUCCACAGCCUGAAGAGGAUGCACGUAGAAGAGCUGAGAAAGAACGGGGUCAACAUGCCAUGGCCGAAAUGGCUGGGUCCGCCUCCGAAAAAACCUGCAGACAAGAAGCAACCCCAACCUCAGAGCAAACCUGCAGAGAAGCAAAAACCCAAACCUCCAGUAAAGCGAACAGUCACAGUCAAACGUAUAAAAUCGUCUAAGAAAAGACGCCACUGAUUCAACGUAGUUGAUAAGGAAUGUGAAAUAUCAGCGUUCUGUCACAAGUUUGAAAAUAUGUGCAGUAAAUGAUGUUGUCAACUUAAUACGAUGUUGUUUGAAAUGUCAGUCGAUACAAUUUAUAUCUUAUCCCAAUAAGGGUUCAGAUGCACCUUUUAAAAAGAAGUGAUUUAUAUUAUAAAGUUUAUGACUGUCAACAGUUGCAUUAAGGUUACUAAUUAAUACUUCACUUUGUACACCUUGGUGUUAUCCAACUUUUUCAAUAUUUCAUGGGGUGGUGCAGCACUUCGCAUAACGUAUGUUGCCUUUUGUAAUAACGAAUAUACGUAAAUAGCUUGAACACAAAGAGUCGUACUAUGUAUAUGAUAGUGUCUGUAA